AUGUCUGUGAUUACGAAAAUUGUUCCUCAAGUCUCGAGUCUUCAUUUCGGGAAGUUAAGUUCUGCUUUCCUUAGUGUUAAAUCGGAUAGAAGUUACUUUACGUAUACACAAUCGUUGUCGCAGCCCCUGGACAGGAAGCCUGAAUAUUCGACCGCAAAGGAGGCGUUUGAGAAAUGUCUUAAAUCCGGACUGACCGUGUUCGCCCAGGGCGCGGCCGCCACGCCGGUGCCUCUUCUCAAUGCCAUGACCGAAGUAGGAAAAAGUGGAUCGUUGCGAGACAUCAAAGUCGUCCAUAUGCACACCGAAAAGGAUGCGGCAUAUGUAACCCCGGAAUGCAAGGACAUAUUCAGAUCGGUAUCGUUGUUUAUGGCCGCGAACGUCCGCAAAUCAGUAGCCGAAGGUCGCUCCGACGCCAUUCCCAUCUUCCUUCAGGACAUCCCCAAGCUAUUCCACAGGAAGAUCAUCCAGCCCGACAUCGCUCUUAUCCAGGUGUCUCCCCCCGACAACCAUGGCUACUGCAGCCUGGGCACCUCCGUGGACUGCGUCAGGGCCGCGUUGGUUAACUCCAAAAUCAUCAUAGCUCAAGUGAACGUGAACAUGCCUCGCACGUUCGGCGACGCUAUAAUACACGUGUCGCACAUCGAUUACGCGGUGGAGGACAACACGCCCCUCCCGGAGCACGGCGUCGGGAAGGCGGCCAGCGCCGAGGAAACGGAGAUCGGGCGGCUGAUCGGCGAGAACCUCGUCGAGGACGGCGCCACGCUGCAGAUGGGUAUCGGCAGCAUCCCGGACGCCGUGCUCUCGGCACUGAAGGACCACAAGGACCUCGGCAUCCACUCGGAGAUGUUCAGUGUUGGCGUCAUCGACCUGGUAAAGAGGGGAGCCGUCACCAACAACCUGAAGAAGAAUCACAAAGGCCGUAUCGUCGGCAGCUUCCUGGUCGGUAACCGCCAGCUGUACGACUUCGUUGACAACAACCCCUUCAUUGAGAUGCUGGAGAUCGACUACGUGAACAACACCCACGUGGUCUCCCUGCAGCCGAACAUGACCGCGAUCAACUCCUGCAUCGAGGUGGACCUCACCGGACAGAUAUGCGCCGACUCUAUCGGUACCCGCAUGUACUCCGGUUUCGGCGGGCAGGUUGACUUCAUCCGCGGCGCCGCGGAGGCUGUGGACGGUAAAGGCAAACCCAUCAUAGCUCUCGUCUCCAACACCAAGAAGGGCGAGAGCAAAAUCGUGCCUACGCUCAAAGUCGGAGCUGGUGUGGUGACGACUCGGGCUCACGUGCAUUACGUGGUUACCGAACAAGGGAUAGCUUAUUUAUUCGGCAAAACCCUCAGACAGAGGGCAUACGAAUUGAUCAAAAUCGCUCAUCCAGACCACCGCGAAGCCCUAGAGAAAGCGGCCUUCGAACGCCUUAAGUGCAUGCCUGCGCCUUAAAAGUAAUAUCAACUUAAAACAUUAACCCCAGACGUGUUUCAAGACAAAACUGUUGAAAUUAGUACUCGCUAAUGUUAUGGUAGAUUUCGACAAUUUAAAAUGUAGCGUAGAAAUGAAUAGAUACUGCAAAAAUUAGGGAUGCUCGUAAAUUGUAAUUGGCAACAUUAAAAUUUGCAUUUCAUCAAUGUUGACAUAUUGAGGUAAAUGUUAGUGAAACGCUAGUCUGCAUGCCUUAUUGAAGAAUCCAAUAUUAAUUGUUAAAUAGUGUAACUUAAGUAUAAUUUUAUUUAAAAAAAAAACUAUAACAUUACAUAGAUUCUUUAUUUUAUUGUGCAAAAGACGUCAUAUUUGUAUGUACAUAUAUUGUUGUACACAGUGUAAGAAAUGUAAAUUUUUAUUUCUUUGACUUUUAUUAUUAUCUACAAAAAUGUAUUUUGAUUGAAUAAAGAUUAAUAGCGAACGGC